AUGCGCCCUGCUAUACGCAAUGCUGCUCGCCGGGCAUGGCAGCAGCAGCAGCGCAGAGGACUCGCCGCGCCCGCCUCGGGCUCCUUCCAAUACCAGACGGGAGAGGCGCAGGGCAUCAAGUUUGCCAGCAGAGACCAGCCCGGCCCCGUCGGCACCCUCGCCCUCGUCGCACAGGCCGGCACGAGAUAUGAGACGGCGCCCGGUCUGGCCGAGGGUCUGAAGUUCUACGCUUUCAAGAACACCGAGAGACGGUCGACGCUGCGGAUACAACGCGAGUCAGAACUCCUCGGCUCGCAGCUCUUCUCAUACCACUCGCGCGAGAAUGUCGUCCUCGGCUCCAGGUUCCUUCGCGACGAUCUACCCUACUUCGUCGAGCUGCUCGCGGAGGUGGUCAACAUGACCAAGUACCAAUCACACGUCGUCCACGAAGAAAUCAUCCCCCUCAUCACCAUGGACCAGAAGAAGUACCUCGCCAACACCCUCGACAUGGCCACCAACUCCGCCUUCGGCCUCGCCUUCCACCGCGGCCUCGGCCUCCCCGUCCGCCCCGCCUCCUCCAUCCCCACGAAACGCUACCUCACCGUCGACGCCCUAUCCACCUACGCCAAAUCCGCCUACUCCAAGCCCACCUUCGCCGUCGUCGGCAACGGCAUCGAGCACUCCGAACUCUCGAAAUGGGUCAACGAGUUCUUCGGCGACACCGCCGCCUCCCCCGCCACCAAACUCACGACCCAACAGUCCAAGUACCACGGCGGCGAAGAACGCAUCGCCCACGCCUCCACCACCCAAUCCCUCGUCAUGGCCUUCCCGGGCUCCAGCAGCCCAACCGGCCCCUUCUACAAGCCCGAAGUCUCCGUCCUCGCCGCCCUACUCGGCGGCCAAAGCACCAUCAAGUGGUCCCCCGGCUUCUCCCUCCUCUCCAAAGCCACCACCUCAGCACCAAACAUGCACAUCACCACCCGCUCCCACAUCUUCUCCGACGCCGGCCUCCUAACCAUCGAACUCAGCGGUCUCGGCUCGGACAUCCGCUCCACCGCCCCGCAGGUAGUGGAGACGCUGAAAUCCGUCGCCCAGCAGGGGAUCAGCAAAGAGGACUUUGCGAAGGCGAAGGCGCUGGCCAAGUUCAAGGAGUUGGAUUUCGGGCAGGAGACGGCGGCGGGGAUGGAGUUGACGGGCGCCGGGUUGGUGCAUGGCGAUAAGGCGUACCAGAUCGAUGAGAUUGCCAAGGGGUAUGAUGGCGUGACCGAGGAGAAGGUCCGGCAGGUGGCGCGGGAGGCCGUGGAGGGGAAAGCGAGUGUGAGUGCGGUGGGAGAUUUGCAUGUGCUGCCUUUUGCGGAGGAGAUUGGUUUGAAGGUGUAG